GCCGCCGUGGUGGCCGCGGUGGUGGUUCCGGGGGUGGUGCCCGUGGCCACGCACCGAUGCCGGGACCCCAGCAGGGUGCGCCUUGGCCCACUUUUCACCACCCGUGGUCAGGGUGCAUCUCCAUGUGGCCGUUCCAGGGGCCAGGCUCUGAGGCUCGGCCCCCGGCGGCCAUGUUCGCUGGUGCGCAGCCAGGGUUCGCCUUCGCCUCUCCGUCGCCCUGGACCUCGACACCUGCUGCUUCGUCGUGGCCCACGCCACCGGCUACUCCACCGUCCGGGCUGGUUGGUUGGGACGCGGCCACCCUGGCUGCCUUCCAGACUCCUACUCUGACUCCGCCGAUAGGUCCCGAGUGGAUCGCGGACACCGGUGCUACCUACCACACCACCCCCGACCCUGGACUCGGCAACUCGACGCCCCCUCCUCAGAUGUGACAGCACCGGCCCCCUCUACACCCUUCGGCUUCCGCACGCCACAUCUUCUUCGUCUUCGUCACCUGACACAGCUGCUGUUUUUGCUGCCGCCACGUCUUCUACCACCUGGCAUCGUCGCCUUGGUCACCCCGGACGUGAUGCCUUGAUGCAGCUUACUCGUAGUGCCACUAUCCCAUGUACUAGAUCCCAUGAUGAGCAUCUUUGUCAUGCGUGCCAGUUAGGCCGCCAUGUUCGUCUUCCUUUUUCUUCUUCCUCUCAUGCUACUCAUGCUUUUGAUCUUGUACACUGCAAUUUGU